AUGGUCGGAGUCCCCCAUAGCACAGGCUGCGCGCUGUGCCGCGAAAGACGCGUCAAGUGCGACGAGGCCGUCCCCCAAUGCUCCCAAUGCCGCAAAUACGGCCGCCCCUGUCCAGGCUACCGCCGCACCUUUCGCUUCCAGGACGAAGGACCAGCCCUCCAACGACGGCACCAGUCAAGGUCCCAGUCUCGCAGACCUCCUGAAUCAACCACAGACGCAGCUGCGGCAGCAGCAGCCGUUCGCAACAACGCCCUCGCGAUGAUGCGCCAGACCCACUCAGAGGACUCUUCCUCCUACUCGCAAGCCCAAGCCCACCUCCAGCACCAAAUGCAGCUGCAAAUGCAACAACCACACCUCUUCGCCUCCUACCUCCACUCCGCCUUCCCCACGCUCUACACCUCCAACCUCUUCCGCGCGCACAACCGCCCCGACUUCCUCGCGCACGUCGCCGCCUCCUACGCCUCGGGUGCAGCCCCCUACCUCGCCGCCACCCUCGCCUGUCUAACAUCAAUCUACACCGCGCAGUUCUCGCCCGAUCCAGCCCAGCACACCCGCCGCAGCCGCCAGCUGUACGCGCACGCCCUCACCCACGUCGUUGCAGCACUGCACUCCCCCGCCGCACUGUCCGCCCCGCUCCUCGCCACCAUCAUGAUGCUCGCCGUGUACGAGAUGUACGCGCGGACGUCGCCAGACGCAUUCGUCGUGCACGUUGACGGUGUACGGAGGAUUAUGCUAGCGCGGGGCCCCGCCGAAGCAGACCCCGACACCGACACCGACGACAGCCCCGACGACCAACCAGCUAGCGCUAGCAGUGAAGGCGAAGGCCCCGGCUUCGCGCGCGGCUGCUACAUCGCCUUCCGCGGGUUCCUUGUCGCAACGGCCAUCUACGAGGGGCGCGCGUGCUUCCUGGACGAGGAGCCGUGGCUGCGGUUUGCGGGGCGGAUCCGCGCCGAGGAUGUGCGCAAGGCGGGGCGGGGUGAGCAUGCGCGCGUGGUGGAUGUGUGUGAGCGGAUCUGGAUGGAGGUUGUGCGGUGUCCGCGGUAUUUUGCGGAGGCGCUGCCGGAGGACCUCCUGGAGGACCGUCCGGAGGGAUCCGGAUCCCCUGGCGAAAACCCCGGUUGGGAGGUGGAGGGUGAUGUGGAUGAGGGGUUGGUCGCCAGGGUGCGGGCGACGAGGGGCCGGCUGGUUCGGUUGGUUCGGUUGGUUCGAGAGUUGAGGGGGGUGUUGGGCGGUGUCGAUAGUCAAGAGGAGACAGGCCCCGGGCUGCUGCUACGAGGAGCGGAGGAUAUGGUGUCUGCGCUGCAGAGCCUGCUGGUUUGGCUCCGGGUUGGACGAGGACGGGGACGAGGACGGGGACGCGGGUUCCGCGUGGAGUCGGAGUUUCAGCGUGGGGUGUCGAGUGCGUCGAGCGAGGCUUUGCCCGUCACCUGGCUGGACCGGGUGGCGUCUUCGAUGGGGGUGAUUGGGUUGAGGAUUAUCUGGGAGGAUUGA